GAGCUUCCGCACGCUCAGAGUGAGAAUGUCCUUUGUGCAAUGCGGUUCAGCCAAACGGGGCACACGACCGCUCGGUUCGCAUAAGAACGGACGGAGGAAAAUCUCUAAUUCGAGCCAACCAGAACAGGACGUUCAUUCAGUAUUACAGCAGUAAAUAAGCAGCUGCAGCAUCGUUUGAAACGUUGGAAAUUAGAAAAUUGCUAAGUGCGGCAGCAAACAUUGCAAAGAGAAUUCUAUUUUUAUCGGAAAAUCGCGAAAGGGAUGCUGGCGGAAGGAAAAUCAAUUGCUACCGUGAAUCAGCAUUGAUGUAUAGUGUUUUCGUGCAUGGCUUUUCUGUUCGGUUUAUCCAACCCUGGGUAUGAGAUGAAAUACAACAGAUAGUCGCUUCCCGAGAAAGAUUCAAGUGAACAAUUUGAUGUUUGGGCGAACACGGGGCACGAAGUGCGCACUAACUCAAUUUCGCCGUCUACGAAGAUGAUAGAUGAAAUCGAAUGAUAAAUGUGCAAAUCUACUAGUGCCGUCUAUAGUGGCUAGAAGUGUGAAUUGUGCUCUGGCAUUGCUAAGAAAAUUUCGCAAAGAGAAAUCUGCCUAACGCGUGUGCCUAUGUGUGAGUGCUCGCAUAGCUGGAUGCUGGAAAUCCUGUGAAUAUCCUGUUGGCACUAGAGGAAUUGGAGCGACGGCAAAGAAAAUUGAGCGAAAGCAAUGUUCCAACAGCAUGAGAUCCGGCAACGAAUCCGACUGGGAGCCCUUGCUCGACACGGAGGCAAAAACUUCCACUUCAUCGGCAUCGAGGCGCCCUCCCACCGGACCGGGGGCACCCACUUGUACAGCGAAUAGGCGCGAGAACAAAGGCCUUCACCAGGAAAAAUGUGGCCGCAUCCGGUUGGGAGUGCUGGUGGUGCUCGCGUUCAUCACAUUCUACCUGUCACUGUCGACGAUCAGUAUACGUCCUGUGGUGCACCAGAUGGUGGUCACUAUACCGGACGAUGACGAAGAUCUUCCGGGACCAAGAGGCCUAGCCUCAUCGAAAGUAGUAUUUGAAUCCUCAACCAACAAAAUCAUUCCCGUUAUUCCAAACACACUUACCAACCACCGUGCGGUGCCACAACCCAAACAUUCCAACAACGUUGAUGAUGACGAUGCCAUGACCCUCAUCACAUCCAUCACCGGCACCACCCCACCUAACUCCAAUGCAACGACGUCCAAUGCAGUGCCAAAGGGAUUCAUCGUUUGGGGACCGGGAUGUCAGAUCCUGGACCUGGAUCCACUGGCCGAUGACGUGAUGCGGCUGUUUCAUAAGGAGAGGUUCAUUCCAUGUUCGUCGAAGCAUCCGCUCACCAUGAUCGAGCAGAAACCGCUCGAGAACGACACGGUUGUGCUACGGUUCCAUCGAGACCGAGUUGCGGCGCAUCUGCCGCACUACAUGAAGUACAUCGAAUGCUGCUACCAGAGCAUCGAACGGUCCGGGGUCAACGAAAAGGCUGAUACAAAUUUUAACUUAAGUGAGUGUAAAUAUUUUUCCAACGACGUCCAACUACCGCCAAAUGUAACCAACGGAGUAAUGGUUCGCUGCAAGGGGAGUGUUUCGGAGACCAGUAAAACUCGCAAGUCGGUCUACACGAACGUGCAUGCGAUCGUCCGGGCGAAACCGGCAAUACGGGAACGGCUAGAUAGGUAUCGCGAUAGCUACAAGCAACGACCGCUCAGUGUGCUGAUGGUUGGGAUUGAUAGCAUUUCACGGCUCAAUCUUAUCCGAGCGAUGCCACACACUGCACAACACCUAUACGAUACGGGAUGGUUCGAACUGAAAGGGUACAACAAGAUCGACGACAACACGUUCCCGAACCUGAUGGCAAUCCUGACUGGAUACAACAGUUCCCUAGCGUACGAUACUUGUAAUCCUCGUAAGGUGGGUCAGUUGGAGACGUGUCCAUUCGUGUGGAACAUGUUUGCCAACAGCGGCUACGUAACUGCCUACGCUGAAGACGAAGCCAGUAUCAACACGUUUAACUACCACAAGUAUGGAUUCGUCAAACCCCCGACGGACUACUACUUAAGACCGAUGGCACUGGCCGCAGAGAAGAAUCUUGUCAAGAAAACGAAGAACUCUCUAACCUUCUGUCUGGGCUACCAGAACUAUGCAGAUUUCAUAUACCAGUACGCUCUGGACUUUGCAACGUUCUAUAAGGAUGAGCCCAGCUUUGGGCUAUUUUGGACUAAUACGUUCAGUCACAACGAUAUCAGCGAUCCUUCAUCCAUGGACCUACGGAUCAAGUACUACCUUGAAGAGCUAGAGGAGAGAGGCAUCCUUAACAGCAGUAUGGUGGUGUUCUUCAGCGAUCAUGGAUUACGGUUCGGAGCAGUUCGAUCGUUGCUAACCGGGUGGCUCGAAGAGCGAUUACCCUUUAUGUUCCUCUGGUUACCGGAGUGGUUCAAAGAACAACACCCGGAAGCUGUCGAAGCGUUGAAGAUCAACCGAAACCGUUUGACAAACCCUUACGAUCUACACGCAACGCUGAAGCACGUCCUAGAGCUAUCGGAACGGGUCGACAACCUUCCACCACCGCUGAGUUGCCCUAACUGUCAGAGCCUAUUCCAAGAAAUGCCCUGGAAUCGGUCCUGUGAAGAAACGUCCAUCGCAUCGCACUGGUGCACCUGCUCAAACUUUGAAAAGAUACACAAAGACUCCAAAAUUGUGCACGAAGUAGUUAGCUUCGUGAUCGAUUCGAUCAAUCGCGAUCUGGAGGAUUAUGAGAAAAAUUUAACCAAGAAACUUUGUGCCAAGAUACAGCUGAAAUCGAUCUCGUUGGCCAAGGUGGCCAGGCACCCGGACGCGGACGUACCCCACACCGACUAUCUAUUGAUAUUUGACGGGAAGCCCGGAGCGGGCAAGUUCGAGUCAACGGUGAGGCAUUACACCCGGCGCAAGUCGUUCGAGAUUACCGGAUCGAUCAGCCGGCUGAAUGAGUAUGCUAGUCAGAGCGAGUGUAUGCACGUGGAUUAUCUGAGAAAGUAUUGCUACUGUUUGCGGAAGAGAGGUGGAUAAGAUUUGCGGUAGCAGCUCGGAGAGGAUAUGGAGGUUCCAUGUGCGGUUAAUUUGACAAUAAGUGUGCUAAGAUGGACAUUUUUCGUAGGCUCCCAUUCUAACAAAUGAUCUUGAAUUCAAUUCGUGUUCCAAUAACUAAAGGUCCUUUUUUAUUAUUUGUGAUUUUAGGUACAAAGAUGAGCUGUUUUUAAUUAAAAGUCGUUCAAGUAUAUUAGAAGAAAACAAGAUGGCAACCGAAGGAAAUUCAAGAACAGCAAAUAUCUCAAAAAUUGCAAGCAGCAGCAACGUUGCCAAUUAAGCAUUCAUUUUGCAAUGAUUCAUGUGCUUUACAACUUUCACAGUAUGUAUUCAAUUGGGUUCUUUAAGAGUAUUAAAAUUGGAACCGUAAUCCAAAAUUUCAUCAAUUUCGGUACACCAGCCAUUCCAUAGCAAAACGAUAAAGUGGUUUUAAGAAUUUCGUAAUAAUUGCUAGUUUUGUUCUA